CCAAAGUUUACUAUGUUCAGACGUAUUAGUUAUCUGGCGGAUUAUGGUCUCGUACCGAAGUGUUCCAUUAUAUACUCAGCAGGAAGCUGUUUGGUUGCACGGAUAACCACGAUUGCCAGCUGCUCGGAGGACAAUUUAUGCGUCAAGAUGUUUAGCAAAAAAUUAUUUCAGAUCGGUCAGCAUGUUUCUAUACAGGACCAAAAAAAUGCGAUUAAAAUAGUGACAACCACAUUAUCGCAUGUUAGUGACAAGCGACGCGAUGCCUCUUCCAAUGCCGCUGUGUUGGGGGACAACAAUAAACAGAAAACUAUGGAAGAUUUGGAUGGACCUAGUUUUAUGACGUCUUUGUAUUGGCUUUUCGGUAAAGGGUAUUUUCAGACAACACAUCAAUUGCAAAUUGAACACAGCAAUAUCUAUGGCCCUCUGUGGAAGUCAAAGUAUGGGCCCUUGGUGAUUGUAAACGUGGCCAGUGCUGAACUUAUAGAGCAGGUGUUGAGACAAGAAGGACGGCACCCCAUCCGCACGGACAUGCCCCACUGGAGGAGCUACCGGCAGCUGAGGAACCAUGCCUACGGACCCCUCACAGAGAUGGGUGCUCAGUGGCAGCGCAUCAGGAGUAUUCUGAAUCCCAGGAUGCUGAAGCCCAGACACGUCUCUGCCUACAGCAAUGCCAUUAAUAACGUGGUCACAGACUUCAUAGAAAAGGUGACCUGUCUCCGUGACACCAAGGGUGACGGGGUUAUGGUGAACGACGUGGCCGGGGAACUCUACAAGUUCGCUUUCGAAGGGAUCUGUUCCGUGUUGUUCGAGACCCGUAUGGGCUGUCUGAAUGAGGAGGUUCCUGAAGAGACCCAGAAGUUUAUCACCUCUGUAGGAGAGAUGUUCCGUCUCUCCCCCAUCGUCAUCCUCUUCCCCAAGUAUACCUGGCCUUACCUCCCCUUCUGGAAACACUUUGUGGCUGUCUGGGAUCACCUCUUCUUAGUUGCCGAGCAGCAGGUGCGUCACAAGAUGGACGAGAUUCAGGAGAAGGUGCGCCUGGGCCAGCCGCUGGAGGGCGAGUACCUCACGCACCUCCUGGCCAGCCAACAGAUGUCGGUCACCGAGAUCCUGGGGUCCAUCACCGAGCUACUGCUGGCCGGCGUUGACACGACGUCGAACACCAUCUCAUGGUCUCUCUACCACAUGGCCCUGGAGCCAAAGAUCCAGGAGAAGCUGUACCAGGAAGUGAUUAGUGUCUGCCCGGGGGACCAGGUGCCAAUGAGUGAUGACAUAACCAAAAUGCCUUGGCUCAAGGCUGUUGUCAAAGAGACGCUGCGGAUGUACCCAGUAGUACCAGGAAACGCCCGCAUCAAUGUAGAAAAUGAGAUCAUAGUUGGGGACCACCUCUUCCCCAAAAAUACCCUGUUCCACCUGUGUCACUAUGCAGUGUCAUAUGACCCGACUGUGUUCCCGGAUCCACAUGCCUUCUCGCCAGAGCGCUGGCUCCGUGGGAGUCAGGGAGAGAACAAGAAGAACCAGCACCCGUUUGGCUCAGUCCCCUUUGGUUUCGGGGUCCGGGCGUGCCUGGGUAGGAGGGUGGCUGAGCUGGAGAUGUACCUCCUCCUGUCUAGGUUGAUUAAACACUAUGAAGUGCGCGCAGACCCUGCAGGAGCCACAGUCAAGCCAAUCACAAGAACCCUUCUUGUCCCGGCUUCCCCAAUCAACCUACAGUUUAUUGAUAGGACAGUCAAGCAGCAGGAUGAACCAAUGGUAACAAAACAGGUUUCCCUGUGAAGGACAUUAGUAUGCACACUGUGUAAAGUCCUCCUUUCAACAAACAGUUGUCAGAGGAUGGCUCACUUGCUGCACAAGUUUUCUUCCCUUAACAUUCCAUGGCCUUAAUUAGUGACUCACUAAAUGUACAGCCUAUUGCCCACAAUCCAGUGAGACCACUGAGAGAAACUGUCCUUGACUGGUGGCCCUUAUUUUACCAUUACAUAUUAUUUGUAUUUUAGCAUCACCACUGUUGUCCUGCUCCAGGUCAGGUUAUUUGCUCUUUGUAAUUAACAAAUGCUGUAUUUUUUAUGUUGUGAUUUUUAAAAAUGUUUUUUCAUUGUAGAAUGGCUACACACAAAGUAUUAUAGAUGUAUACAAUUGUUCUGUAAUUCAUGUUUUAAAUUCAGUAUUGAACACCAAGGGGGGAAAGUAUAGGUAUGGAUAGUUAAGAUAUUUAAGAUUUUAAAAUGCACAUCAGUUGAUUUUUAUAAUGCGGUUUUAGAAUUGUAUUGCCAAACAGUGAUGUGUAUUGGUUUAGUUUCCAUAGAAGCAAUCUUCUGUCUAAUGUUCCUCUGAUUAAGACAGUUGGCAGGGGAGAAAUCCCAAAUGCCCCUAUUCCUUUAAAUGAACUACUAGGGCCAACCCAUCCCAUCACCGUUAGUGCACUGCAUUUGAACAGGAGUAAUAGGGUUAGGAUGUAAUUUAGGACGCAGACCUCAACCUCAGGACAAAGUCAUUUCAGAACAUUUUAUUUUGUUGCAAAGCGCAACUACAUUCAUUGUCUGUUUAAGUGCCACAGAAAGGUGGGAUUCACUCCACUAACCACGGAAACUUUAUUCAAGCCACAAAUAAAAGUCAAUGAUCUACUGAAGAGUACUUUUUAUAGGAAAUAUAUUAAGGAAAAAUAUCUGUCAUGUUUCCUUACUCUCCCUAGAUAAUCACUAAGACAAAUGGUGCAAUUUAAGGGCUCAUUAAAAUAAGAAAUGAUUUGCAUGAAAUUGCAUUAUAAAACUGGGGACCUUUACGCUUUAUGACAUGAUUUGGAGUGCUGUGGUAUUAAAUGCAUUUUACAAGUCAGUGGUUUGGUCGUAGUGGGAGGUCAGUGACGUCAGUAGAUGGUCAAAGUGAUAAGGAAUAUAACCUUCCGAUCUAUUUGCUGUUUUUGGCAGCUAUAGAUGAAGCCAUUCGGUUGGCACGAAUUAUGCUUCUUAAUGGAUAUAAGAAAGUCUAACAAUGUAUGGAUUCACUACUGUACACUCACCUAAAGGAUUAUUAGGAACACCUGUUCAAUUUCUCAUUAAUGCAAUUAUUUAAUCAACCAA